UCUGCUGUAUCCGCACAACAUGCCUUUUUUCUUUUGGAAAGCCUGAAGACACCCCGUAUCUGCGCUCGCUUCAGCAUGCGUUUGGCGCACGGAGCGCACUCUUGGCGAGCUCUUCAUCAUCAGGCGCAGGGAUGAUGUUCAACUCAUCGGGCUCGCUAGAUUUCUUCUCGUUCACUCACCCUGAGGUCGCGUCGGAAGUUCUCAAUGGUUCCUCACACUUAUUCUACAACAUCUCAGUGGCCAUGUGGAACAAAUCCUGCGGGGAACAGUUGCUCGAUUUCACCACAGCGGAGAAGAUUGUCAUCGGAAUGAUGCUGGCCAUCAUCACCACCGUGACGGUGAUUGGAAAUAUGCUGGUGGUGAUCGCGGUGUGCGUCGUUAAGAAGCUCAGACAGCCGUCCAACUAUCUGCUGGUGUCUCUGGCCGUGGCGGAUCUCUCCGUGGCUAUUGUGGUGAUGCCAUUCGUGAUCGUGACGGACCUCACGGGAGGAGAGUGGCUUUUUGGAGAGGUCUUCUGUAACAUCUUCAUCGGCAUGGAUGUGAUGUGCUGCACUGCAUCCAUCAUGACGCUGUGCGUGAUCAGUGUGGACAGGUAUCUUGGCAUCACCCGCCCUUUGACCUACCCUGCUCGACAAAACGGCCAGCUGAUGGCAAAGAUGAUCUUUGGUGUGUGGCUCGUGUCCGCCUCAAUCACCCUGCCGCCGUUCUGUGGCUGGGCGAAGAACGUUAACACAGCUGGCGUUUGUCUAAUCAGCCAGGACUUCAGCUACACCAUCUACUCCACCGCCGUGGCCUUCUACAUCCCCAUGAUCGUCAUGCUCUUCAUGUACUACAAGAUCUUCAAGGCCGCCAGAAAAAGCGGCGCCAAGCAUCGUUUUACCGACUUCCCACGUCGGGAUCGUCUGGAGACCGUCGCCAGCGAGGCUCUCAGGAUGCAAGGCCUAAAACCCCAACACACGCCUGGCGUAGCCGAGGAGUGCGCUGCUCUUUCACGCUUGCUCAGCCGCGAGCGACAGAAUAUCUCCAUCUUUAAGCGAGAGCAGAAAGCAGCUACGACAUUGGGUGUGAUAGUUGGAGUUUUUGGCAUUUGUUGGCUGCCGUUUUUUAUUCUAUCUACAGCAAGACCAUUUAUAUGCGGGGUCAAGUGUAGUUGCAUGCCAAUUUGGCUGGAGAGGACGCUGCUGUGGUUUGGAUAUGCCAACUCGCUAAUGAACCCCUUUAUUUACGCUUUCUUCAACCGGGACCUGCGGUCCACAUACAGAGACCUGCUCCGCUGCAGGUACCGGAACAUAAACCGCCGACUGUCGGCUGUAGGUGUGCAUGAAGCACUGAAGGUUUAAAAGGAUGUGGUUUGGCCUGGAUUUGGUU